AUCUUGCCUCGUCCCCUUCUUUCUAAAACACCUGUUUCGGUACGAGCUCUGUUUAGGUAACCCUGCACCCUUCUGGUUAUCAAGAUGGCGAAUAGCGGUAAUAAUAUGGGCACCGCUCUUAGACGGUUAGAGGCUGUUACCUCCCGUUUAGAGGACCUCGCUGCGUCGUUUCCCGGUAUCGCUGCACAGCCGGGUGCACUACCAGCUUCGACCACUGGCUCUGCUCCAUCCUCGCAGCCUGCUCCUACCCGUCCUGCAGCAGUAGAGAUCGACGAACUACCACAUGUGGCCGUGUUCCAACAGAUUGUAGAUGAGAAGAUUCAACCUGCGCUGAAGCUACUAGGUAGUAUCUCGGAGGGUGUGGAAGCUAUGCAGGAACAGACGAAGUUGGCCGAACGCAUCUGGGUUGCAUCGGCGGAUAUAGUCAAGACUGCUGGGUCCUGUAAGAAACCGGACGACAAGGCACUCCAGGCGCUCAUCGCGAGUUUGAACGAGGAUAUCAUCAAGCUGGGAGACUUGAAGUCGAAGAAUAAGAAGGAUAGGGAUUACUGGGACCAUAUGGCUGUGCUUGCUGAGAGCUCGCCUGCAGUCGGUUGGAUUGUUAACACUAAACCCUUGCCAUACGUGACCGGCGUUGAGGAGUCUACCCAGUUUUAUGGAAAUCGCCUCAUCAAGACGUUCAAGGAGAAGCCAGAGGGCGGAAAGCAUGUAGAAUGGGUUCGGGCUUACAUGGGUAUCUUCCCUGCGUUGAAGAGCUACAUCAAAGAAUUCCACAUGACCGGUUUGACAUGGAAUCCGAAGGGAUUGGCUUUGGCAGAAUACCAGUCGAAGUCCGCGUCAUCGGCCCCCCCUGCCGCACCAGCAGGAGGCCCUCCUCCCCCACCUCCCCCUCCACCGCCACCCGGUCCUCCUCCACCUCCACCCGCAGGAUCUGCACCUGCAGCACCUGCAGGUGGCCAUGCUGCACUGUUCGCUGAUCUCAGCAAGGGUGCCGACGUGACAAAGGGUCUUAGGAAAGUGGAUAAGAGUGAGAUGACCCACAAGAACCCUACGUUGAGAGCGAGUAGCGUCGUGCCUGCCUCGACUUCACCGGCUGCAGCGCCGAAACGGCCCACAAAGCCUACGAAGCCUCAGGCACUCGCGGGCAAGAAGCCGUCUAAAUUCGCGCUUGAGGGCAACAAAUGGGUCAUCGAAUACCAAGAAGAUGUGUCCAGGUUGGACGUGGAAAAUGUGGAGAUGAACCAGACGGUCAACUUGUAUGGUUGUAAGCGGGCGACCAUUGUCAUCAAGGGCAAGGUCAACGCUGUCACGAUAGCAAACUGUAACAAAACCUCUGUCCUCGUCGAAUCGGUCGUCUCCACGGUCUCCGUUACCAACUCCCCUUCCUUCACCCUGCAAAUCACCGGCAACGCUCCCACCAUCCAACUCGACUCUACCGACUCUGGCCAGAUCUUCUUGAGCAAGGAUUGUCUCGGCGUGGAGAUCACGACGGCGAAGUGCAGUAGCAUCAAUGUGAACUUGCCUGUCGAGGGUGAGGAGGAUGGUGUCUUUGAGGAGAAGGCGAUGCCGGAGAUGUUGAUGACGAAGGUUGUGGGAGGGAAGUUGGAGACUAGCGUUGUGGAACAUGUCGGUUAGAGCGGUGUACGUGUCGUUGCAGUUUGAGGGUUGUACGUGUCAGGCAAGAGGGAACGACAAUUUGAGACGAUCUUUCUUUUUCACUUGGAUCAACUAAUGAUACCUAAUAAUGGAAUAUAUUGUUCUG